AUGGUGAAAAGUGAUGUCACUGCAGAAGGCAAGGAGCGCAUCAGCGAUGGCUAUCAAGAGGAAAGUUUGGCAGGAAAGAAAACAUCCCGUCCUAGUUCCAACUACUCACUUUCUCUGAUGCCCAAUCUCCACAUUCACAUAAUCUUCAAUAGACACUGCCUGAUUUCUUUGCACUCGGCCUGCUCCCGGCGGCGCCUCUUCCAGCAGGGCUCGCUGGCCGCCUUCGCCGCCGUGCCUCUGAGGCUGCCCGCGGCCGCCGCGCUCGCCGCCGCCGCCGCCGCCGCCGCCUCUCCCCAGCUGGACUUCCUGGAGGGCCACUUUCGGACCUUUCGCCUCCCCUUUUGCGAGGCUUACACGGCCUGGGACCUGCUGCUCGGCAUGGCCGGCCCGGAGAGCUUGGACUGCAGCCUGUCCAACCUGCUGCUGGAUUUCCUGUCUGCUGCCGCGGGAGCCCAGCGCGGGGAGGCCUGCAGCAGCUGCCUGGAGGCGUAUCAAAGGCUGGACCAACACGCUCAGGAAAAAUACGAGGAGUUCGAGCUUUUGCUGGAGAAAUAUCUGCAGGCCGAGGAUUAUUCUGUGCGCUCCUGCAUCAGAGACUGCAAGGCCGUCUACAAGGCUUGGCUGUGCUCUGAGUAUUUCGAUGUGACACAACUACAGUGCCAGCACCGGAUUCCAUGCAAGCAAUACUGCCUGGAGGUGGAGACUAGGUGCCCCUUUGUGUUGCCUGACAACGAUGAAUUGGUCUAUGGAGGGUUGCCUGGCUUCCUCUGUACGGGGUUGUUGGAGAACCAGUUGCCUGACCAGGAAGCAAAGUGCUGUGAUGUGCAGUGGGACUCCUGUGAUCCCCAGCCGGACCGCAGCUACAACACCUCCACCAAAUCCACAGAGUCAGAGUCAUCCCACAGCCCACGCCAGGACGCCCACCACCACCAUCACCACCAGCAGCAGCAACAACAGCAGCAGCAGCAGCAGCAACAGCAGCAGCGGCAACACUAUCAUCUGUAUUACCAUCACCACCAGUACCCACACCCGUCUCUGCUGCCGGUCUCUGCAGGGUCUCGCCUCAGCCACAGCAAAAUCCGGCUCUGCGUCCUGGUCCUUAUGCUCCUGCACACCAUGGUGUCCUUCUCCAGUGUGCACAGCAGCGAAGGGUUGAACCUGGAGGUCCUUCCCGCCGUGGAGGAGAGCAUCGCGAGAGACGAGUGA